UCCAGGAGAUUAAGUUUUUCUACUCCUUUCAGUGUCGAAUGUUUCUUUGAUAUCUCCAGACAUUUAAUUUUUUAGAACUUUUAAUAAUUGCCUGGAAAUAAUUUUCAAAUUUUUUCCAGGCAUAUUCAAUCCUUUUUCAAUUUGUUCCAGGUAAGUGAAUUCCUCUUUAACUUUUUGAAGUGAAUUGAAUUAAAUUUGAAUUUUCCCUCAAUUUCUCUAAGACAGUUGAAUUCUUCUUUCAAUUUUGCCAAUCAAUUAAAUGUAAUAAAUAUUUGACAAACUCGUAUAAUCAAGUGCCCCUUUUAAAAAAAAAAUCGUUGCAUGAACAAUUUAGUUUAAUCUGGAUAAUUCCACAAAUAAGCAUUCUCUUGAUUUUGUUGAUUUAUUACCUGAGACUUUAGAGGAGGGGUAUCAAGUACAUGCAUGUAAACAAAUACUUUUCUAUCAAGGUUUUGCCAAGUUAAAUCAUGAUCUUUUAAUAUAUAAAGUAAAUAAAGCAAAUGUUUAUCUUUAUAAAUGUUGUAGACACCAGAAGGUAUCGGAGGUUUCACAUUUGGCGUCGCAUUACUAAAUGGUAUACAGGGUGAUUUUCAACCAAUGCGCAUAAACUUGGGAAAUGGUAGAUGAAGAUCAAUAAUGAGUAAUAAUGAGAAAAAAAUGUAGUAAAAUAUUUUUGGUUUCCGAAAUAAAGUUAAACAAAUGUCAACAGAACGUGUAUCAGACGAACUUAUUUUGUUUAUUAAUAACUGAUAGAAAAGUCAUAGUUUGGAAUUUCUUGUUUGGAAUCUUCAGCAGUACUUAGUUUGUUGGUCGUUAUUUUCACACGCACAAAAUAAAAGCGUCAAAUGUAAUGGCGCACAUUUUUACAUACGAAGAACUUGUCGACAUGGUUUUGGUUUACGGAGAAACGCAUCAGAAUGCAAUAGCAGCAGCUGAUCUGUAUGCCUAAAGAGUUCCCCGAAGAUAUCACUUGAGACGUGGGGCUUUCUUACGUGUUAUUCAGCGGGGUAGAGAAACACAGCGGCCGCGGCCUGGACAAGAUGGAGGAGCUAUGAGACCUAGGCACAUUCUAAAUCUGGAGGAGGAUAUUUUAGAAGUUAUCGAAGAAUAACCUGGAAUUAGCACUAGGACAAUUGCAGCGCGAUUUGAAAUAUAGCAAUCUAAAAGUUGGUAAAUUUUAAGGCACGAGUUGCUGUACCCGUUUUAUGUUGUUACAUCACCAGCAGUUAAGCCCAAACUUUACCAUGAACAUUCUAGUUACGGAUGAGGCAUAUUUUUUCGCGCAAUGGAAUUUUCAACUUUCAUAACACUCAUUACUGGACUUUGGAAACGUUUUUCUGUAAUUCUGUAUGUAUGGGCUGGAAUUCUGAACGGGAUGCUCAUCGGACCUUUUAUUCUGGAAAAUCGUUUGACUGGUGCUCGGUAUUUAGAAUUUUUGCGCAACAAUUUACCAGUGCUCCUUGAAAAUGUGAAUCUCAACGUUAGGCAGAACAUGUGGUUUCUUCAUGAUGGUGCUCCACCACAUUUUUCACCACCAGUGUGACAACAUUUAGAUCGUAUGUUUCCCGGACGCGUAUUCACCGACCAUCUAGUGUUAAUACCGUAAUGAGGAUUCAUCGAGGCUGAUUGGUCAAAUUUAAUUUGAGAUGACGUAUAUGACGUAUGUCGAUACUUAAAACUCUUAAACUCGAACUCGUGUUUCGUGUUCGUGGUUCGUCUUUCGUUUGUUCGGCGUUAUAGGGUGUUGUUGUUGUUGUUGUUAAAAUCUCAAAAUGUAUGAUUUAACAAAUGUAAUUACGAAACUAAAUGAGACGUUUUGUGUUGUGCUAGAGAAAUCCGAAAAAGAAUGUGCUACUUUGCAGACCAACGUUAAUUCUGAAGAAGAGGUUAAAACAUUUUUGUCGGUAUUUAGCGACAUAGCCAAAACAAACGAUUAGAUCGUAUCAUAAUGUACCUUCUCCACAUAGAUAGGUGCAUUAUAUUAUUUCUUGUCUAUGGGUAGGUGCUUGACAGCAUACGAAUUAAUUUGGCUUUUUGUAUUUUUUUAAUGAUUUUUUUAUACGAAUUCCUUACCUUACUAAUAUCCUUUUAGAAUGGUGUUUCACAAAGCUUGGUUAUGUCAUCACAGUUGUAAACAUAAGUCCAUCCACCAGAAAACAGAGAGAAAUACUGGAUAUAGCGCUGCAUUGGAUAUUAAAAUCAAAUUAAAUACUGUUAAUACUCGCCGCAGUGAUAAAUAUUUGGCUAGAUCUCCACCAGUAUGUGUAGUUGUGAGAUUAAAAAAUAAGCACAACCACAAUAUUCAUACAAGUAGUGCUUUAAGAUUACUUAGGGUAUCAAAAGAGACCAUUUCUAUAUUUGAAAGUUACUUUGUUAGUGGCCUGUCGGCAUCUGAGGCUAUUUCAAUGCACGAAAGUAAAUUGCUUCUAGAAGAAAAAGAUUAUACAGUAUUAGCCGACUCAUCUGUUAACCCAACGCAUCGACAGGUUCAAACACUUCACGAUAAUUGGAGAAAUAACAAUUUUGGGUCAUAUAUGGAUCCUUUUGAGAAAUUAAAAGAAAAAUUGCCAGAGUAUAACAAAGAAGAAGUUAUUGUUUCGUUUAAAGAAGAGCCUCCAUGAUGUGUUCUCAGCCACUGGAAUUAUGCAAAGAGCGCAAAUGUUACAUACAUCUCAAGAAAUUAUAUUUUGUGAUUCGUUUGCAAGCUGUGAUACAAGGCAAUCUACAAUAACUAUUAUGAUGGCACCUACCAAAGCAGGAGCAGUACCCAUCGCCAUCUUGAUUCAUGAAAGUCAAAUGGAAACAUCCUACACUAGUGCAUUUUCUUUCAUGAAAUCCACAUAUCCUACAUGCUUCGGAGGCAUAAUACUGUAAUUUUAACUUAAUAUUAUUUUUUUAGUCACCUAUGUUGUUUAUGACUGAUGAUGGAACAGCUGAAAAAAAUUCACUGAAAACUGUCUGGCCUUCUUUACAACAGUUGUUAUGCCAUUUCCAUGUAGGUCAAGCUGAAUGGCGAUGGUUACAUUCAAACACCAAAAUACCAAAGGAUAAAAAGCAAGAAUUAAUGCUAAUGUUCAAGAAGGUCAUGUACACAACUGAACACGAAGAGUUAACUGAAACUGUCAACAACAUUCAAUCAUUGCAUGGAAACUACCCUGAAUUUGUCAGUCAUUUUGACAAAUUUUACGUUCGAUGGACACUGUUUGCAAGAAAAGGAAAAUUGACUCAAAAUAAUUGUUUGUACAAAGUGCCAAGUGCGAAAGAUUUAAAUUGUAGUCAUAUAGUAGAUCCUAAAUUAGGUUUAAGCGAGGACAUCCCUAAUAACAGCGACGGCUCUUCCAUCUCAUCCAGUAACCGCAAUCGAAUAAAUAUAAACCAAAGUCAAAUUUUGGAGUGUGGAGAAAAAAUGGCAAAACCGAGUGAAGUUUCAUCUGAAUAUUAUGAACAAAUUUGUAGUGAGGUUGUAAAAUUCAUACCAUUUCUACAGAACUUGCCAUUGCAUUUGAAAAAGAAGUUAAACCUUUGUAUAGCAAAAAUACACACCCAAGAACAGUUUAACAGUUUUGUUGCUACUGCGCUAGCUCAGGUGUCUCGGAAUUUCAAAGGUGGUGCAGCUAUUCGCGUUCAACUAACUUCUAUUGCACGAAGAAGAAAUGGAGUCACCAAGGGCUCAAAAAGAAUAGCUGCUGGACGCCUUCCAACAAAAUUUAAGUCUAACAGAGUUAAAAAAAGGCCAAGAAAUUUACAUAAAAACAUUAUGGCAAAUUUACCCAGUGCCAAAUCUCAUGGUAGAUAACUAAUCAAUAAAUUGGUAGCUGCUAACCUUUUUGUGUAUUGAUAUUAUCUAAUUUUUCUAAUAUGAAAAUAAGAUUGUUAACUAAACCCAAUGUUACGUUCUGUGUUGUUAUGUAUCUUUGGAAUGUGCCAGAGUUAUCCACUUUAUUUUCAAUGCAUGAAAUAAAAAAGUUCGAUAAUAUAACAACUUUAUUUUAUUUAUUAUUUUUAUACAGUUUUUUACAAGUUUAACAAAAUAAAUCAUUUAUUUACUGACAGAAGGAUC